GCCCCGCCAUUUUUUAAUCAAAAAUUCAAAUAAAGCAGUAGCAGAUGAACUAGAGAGAAGCUUCAAUUCGAAAAGUUUCGCGCUAGGGUUUUGAUUCAAUAGGAUCCUUACAUUUUUCACCGGAUAUUUUCGAAUUCGUGGAGGUUGAUAUUUCAAAUUGGAGAGUUUUAAUCUUCGAAGUUCCGAAUUUGUUCUGAUUAUUCAAAUUCCUGAUUGCAGAUUUGUUUCAUUUGAAGGUUUCGGAUCAAAUUUUUCGGAAAAGUCAGUUAUUAAGCACGUUUGAAGGUUGAGAUGAGAUGCAAUGCUUGCUGGCGAGAACUGGAAGGACAGGCCAUCACUACCACAUGUGGCCACAUCUUCUGUCAGAACGAUGCCAGUAAGAUUCUCAGCAGUGAUGCUGCUUGUCCUAUUUGUGAUCAAGUUCUCUCUAAAAGUCUCAUGAAACCUGUGGACGUCAAUCCAAGUGAUGAAUGGAUAAAUAUGGUCAUGGCUGGAAUUACACCCCAGAUAUUAAUGAAGAGUGCCUACCGAAGUGUGAUGUUCCACAUUGGGCAAAAGGAAUUGGAGAUGCAGUUCAAGAUGAACAAGGUAGUUGCUCAAUGCCGUCAGAAAUGUGAGAUGAUGCAGGAAAAAUUCUCUCAAAAGUUGGAGCAAGUGCAUACUGCAUACCAGAAGGUGGCUAAAAAGUGCCAAAUGUUGGAACAAGAGAUUGAGACCUUAUCUAAAGACAAGCAGGAACUCCAAGAAAAAUUUGCCGAGAAAUCCAGGCAAAAAAGAAAACUUGAUGAAAUGUAUGAUCAGUUGAGAAAUGAAUAUGAUUCAGUAAAGCGCACAGCCAUUCAGCCAAGUAAUUUCUUUUCAAGAGCAGAGCCUGAUUUGUUUUCAAAUCCUGCUAAUAUGAUGGACAACAGAGAUACCAUGAGAAAAGAUUGGUCGGUUCUCACUCCUGAAACUCCAGGACCAAGAGAAGACUUAUGGCCUCCAACAAGACAGAAUGGUUCCAACUCUGGCCCUUUUGAUGUCUCGAAUGGCUCCCCUGUUAGACAGUCAGCAGUACCAGUGGAUGCUGGAAACAGAAGAGCAGGUGCACAUCCUAUGCUUGGCGUUGCAACUGGCGCAAGCAAUCCCUCAAUGACCCUUAGGAAUCUCAUCCUAUCACCAAUUAAGAGACCUCAACUCUCCCGCAACAGACCGCAGAUGUUCACGUUUUAAGUUGGGAGAUCUUUGCAGAGAAAAAUAUACCUGCGAUGCAACUAUGGACCAGGUUUCCUUGACAUUUUCAUUGGGAAAUUUUGCAGUGAAAUAAAGUGCCAGAUAUUGAAAUACUUAGCUGACUUUUCUUUUGUGGUAGGAAAAGUAAGGAUGAUGUAGAGUAAUGUUUCAUAGUUUACAUACAAAUUGAUGAUGUGAUAUGCGUUACAGUUUAAUAGUUGCAGCUUUUCUUGCACUACUUAAGUGUAUAAAUAUACCUCUUUUAUACUUGAGGAUUCAAAAAUUAUAAGUACGGAAAAUGGAAAAACUA